AUGGCACUGAAAAGUCCUAAGAGCGGAAACAGCACCGAGUGUCACUAUUGGAAUUACUCCUUCCGAUGGACCGAUCUUCACUCCUCUGCCGACGAUCUCCGGCCUCGGGCAUACACUUGCGAUACCCUCGCCGAUCAGUGUGUGGAACGUCUGAACCAGAUCCCGCUGGGAGACGAUGUUGAUAAACGACCCUUCAAGAAAGACCUUUACGGUCUGCUGCGCGACCAUUUCGAUGACGACCCAAAGCUCAAGGAACUUUGGACCGAGAUCAACACGGUGCCCGACUGGGUAGACUGGGACCAGAUCCAACGUGGCCAGGAUGUUUUCUUCCGCUACGGGCUCCCGAUUCUCAACACGCUCAGUUUUGAAAGUCUACUAGGCGGAAUGGGAGCGACCCGUGUCGUUGAGACACUCGCCCGGACAGGAGGGUUCGGUGCAAAGGUCGUACGCCGAAGACUUCUCGAAACCCUCCAGCACAUUCUUCAAGUCAGCAACUCCGUGGAGGGAAUCAAACCGGGUGGAGAAGGUCACAUUUCGUCAGUUCGAGUCCGACUACUGCACUCCACCGUACGUUUGAAAAUCCUAAGUCUGGUCAAUCAACAACCGGAGUACUACGACAUCGAUAAAUACGGAACUCCAGUAAGCGACCUCGAUUGCAUAGGGACAAUCAACACGUUCUGCAGCUCUGUGGUCUGGCUAGGCUUGCCUCGACAGGGAAUCUAUCUCAGCAACCAAGAGAUCGAGGACUAUAUCGCAUUAUGGAGACUCGUGGCAUAUUAUAUGGGAACGCCAACCGAACCUUUUGAAAAUACCGCCAAAGCUCGCGCUAUGAUGGAGUCUCUUCUGAUUUCCGAGAUCGAUCCCUCUGAGAUUGGGAAAGUACUUGCGAAAAACAUCAUUCUUGGCCUCGAGAAUACGGCUCCAACCUAUGCGUCGAAAGAGUUCAUGGAGGCCAUGAGUCGGUUGCUGAAUGGUGAACUGUUGUCUGACCAGCUUGAGAUCCCUAAAUCCAACCUUUAUUAUCGCCUGUUGAUAUGGGGUUAUUGCUUUUGGGUCAUGGCCGUGUCCUACAUUAUACCCAGGAUAUACUUCCUGGACAAAACUAUGAUUGUGUUCCGUCGCAAUUUCUUCAACAGGAUGAUACUUGAUGAGAAAAUGGGCCUCGGUGGGGAGUCGCGGUUCGACUUUAAAUACGUUCCCAGCCUCACCGGGACAACUCGUCUUGGGCAACGGAGGAGUACGAAGUUUGAAAGACCUGGCAUUGAAAGCUUAGCUCACCUGGGACUUCUGUGUGCCUUCACUGGUAUGGUCACAAUGGGGAUGGGGUUCGUCUUCGCGGCCAGGAUGAUUCCCUCUCACCUCCAGCUCUUUUCGGUUCUUUGA